AUGAUAAAUUUACUUUCUGUUGAUACUGAUCACGAGGCCAUAUUCGAUGGCAACGCACUGUUUUCAGAGCAAAUGGAAUUGCUCUCCAAUGCUACACCGGCAGAAAUCAAAGACAUCUGUUUUUUGAAGCUUAAACUUAGUGUUACGAAAAAGAGUACGGCUCAGCAAAAUCAAUUUCAACGAGCAUCUCAGCAAUGGGAUGGAGAAAUCCUUCGUUUGCAACAACGAGACGGUGGUGGCCCCUUUGCCAGAAGCAACAGCUUAAAUUUACCGCCAAACUUGAAGGCCAUCUCUGGAAGCCCACUCCAGCACCCCACUCAAGGCGUAUUGGGUAAUGAAAAUAUGAAUUUCAGCCUCGCCAAAGUUGAGGGCUCUCGACCACUUGGCAAUCUUAGCUCGCAGCUAACAGGGGCACCUCGAGGUUCACUGGUGAAGCUGCCCAUUACUUCCAGUAGUGCGAACACCUCUUUAAAGGAGGAUACUAGCGAUCUCGCCCCUCAUAACCCGAUGGAUGAGCUGCCUGCCUCAGUCAUGAUGCGGCGCACGCUAAGCGGGGGGAUCAAGACGAUCAGCCCCGCCCCCUCAGAUGCGUACAACAAUACGAACAACACACUUCAGCAAGCAAAGUCUACUCUUGACGGAGAGAUCGGCUUCCUAGGUAUUGAUGGCGCUUUGCCAAAGGAUGAGCUCAUGCUGGAGCCGUGCAUAUAUUGUGGGCGAACCUUCGCUACCGAAUCUCUCAAGCGCCACGUUGACGCCUGUCGAAGGCAUCACGAGAGCAACGGAAAGUCAAGUAGCUAUAACGCUAAACUCAGACAAUCUUUCCAGAUCAGCGACUCAUCAUUCUCCGCAUCUGUACUGAGCAGGUUGGAUACCAGAAAUCACUUGGAGGAGUAGAAUAGAUUGGUUACUGAAAAAAUAAAAAUGCUUUGAAUACUUCUUCAUAGCCCUCUAUAGACAAAAUGAAUCUACAUAAAUGUGUAAAAUACGUUACAAAAAAAAAAAGCAUCAUCACCUUGAGGUGUAUAAAUUUUACAUUUUUAUUUAGUAUAGUCACUAUUAUUUUCCCUAUUUGGUAGUGUUGGCUGUGGUGUAAAAUGUGAUCUAGUAAACUCAAGAAUAGACAGCAGUUAUUUUAGAAAUUGUAAAAAUAAGAUUUGAAAAAUCUACAAUAAUCAUUGUUGAAUGUUAUGCAUUGGUGUAGUAUUUAUUUAUUAACGAUAUUCCUGAGAGAUUAACACAAAUAUUGAUAUCAAACCGUUAAUUUCUCGUAUUUUUCGCUCCCAGGUACUAAUAACUCAUUACUAAUGUCAUAUCUAUUCAAUUGUAUCUUUCGUAAUCGCCUUAGUAAGGUUACCUGCGGUCUGAUAAAGAGAAUAGCAUUAGUAAAUAAAAUUACCGCUAAUGAAUAGCUCUCACUGCAAACAAAGGUGUAGCACAUAUCACAUUGUCUUGUGGAAAAUAUCAUAAAACUCUUGGCGCACAUUGGAUUAAAGCAGUGAUACAUGACCCAAGGUAAUUAAGCUAAUGGAUAGACUCUCAAUGAUGCUGUUGUUUUUUCUUCAAGCAAAUGGUAUUGGUGUCACUCAAAAGAUAAAUAGCAUAGUUGAUAAGCUAGAUGAUUAUUAACUACUGCAUCAUUUACAUCUGAAUAAAGAAUUGUUAACUUAAGUAUGAAAUUUUCUUCCACUUUUCAUGCCUUUUGAUGCUUGAAUAUCUCUUUUUAUUUUCAGAACUUGAAUAGUACUCAUAUCCAUAAUCUACAUAUAAAUAAUUUAGAAGAAUUAAAUUUGUUGAGUUCAUUUGCUAUAUUCAAUUUUUAUUAAUCUUUACAGUUUCUACUUUUGCUCUGCUUUCCCACUUUAAUUGGCCGAUUAGGAUGUGCGACUAUCAUAUAAAUUAAUGUAUACUCAAGGAAAUUAGCAUAAAUGUCAUACCAAACAGACGAAAAGAUACAAGGCCCUAACUAAACAAAUAAAUUCGUUGUGUAUAAAGGCUUACAUACAAAAACAAAUCUUUGUAUAAAGAAUUUUACCCAUCUGUCUGGUCAAAUGAUUCAUUAAUCCGUCCAUUUAAGCUACAGAAAUUAAACCCACGUAGCGUUCGUAUACAUAGGGUUUACCGUUUAGAUCGGCAUUGACAUCAUGAAUAAAGCUCACUGUGAUUGUGCUAUUUCCCUCCACGCUGGGUCCUCUAUGCAAUCCUCUUUUUCUUAAAAUUAACUAUGUCUACUCAUAUUUCUAAUAAAUUGUUCAAACAAUACAAAUUAAGCACACUAAAAGGUUAAUAACUUCAAAAUUAUUCUAUAUCAUUAUUAUAUAUAUAUAAUUUGCAACACUUACAAUAAUAACUUUAUUCUAAACCUUGGUUAAGAAGGGAAAAAUAGGUACUUCAAUUGUGUGUUGUUAUGGGACUUCUUAUUUACUUAGGGGCAUAUAACAAAAAAAAAUCAGAUUAAAUUUAUAACGUGGAAAUAUACAUCAAAAAAAAGUAAAGAAAAACAAAAUAAUAGGAUAUUAAAUUUUUUUUAUAGAAAACAUAUACUGUUUAAAUAUAUUAAUAUACACAAUUUGAUUAGGUGCUCAAUAACUUUAUUGAAAA